AUGACCUCAGAUACAGGCACAGAAGACCUGAUAUCCCAUCUCAAGUCGGUCCUCCUAGAACUAAACGCCCAGCCCUACCCCGAGGUCGCAAACCCACCCGAAACCCCAAACGCGCCUCUGUCGCCCUCAUCCUCCGCAUACAACCGCACUACUCGCAUUGGCCCGCCACAGACGACAAACCCUUCGAGCAAACCUCGCGACCUUUCGGUCAAGGAUGUUAUAGAGACGUUCUUCGCGCAGGACUGGGUUAAGCAUGGCGAUCCGGAGUUGCUGUUCAUCAAGCGCGCAACGAGAGUGGGCGACAAGUGGAACGGACACGUAGCGCUGCCGGGCGGGAAGAGAGAUCCCGAAGAUGAGGACGACCAGGUGACCGCUGUGCGAGAGGCAUUGGAGGAAGUCGGCAUAGAUCUGAACUACAAUAACGCCAUCACCGUCGGCAACCUCCCGCAGAGAGUGGUCACUUCUUCGUGGGGAAAAGUACCAUUGAUGGUCCUCUGCCCGUAUAUAUAUCUUCUCACGUCUCCGACGUACCCCGCCCAACGCCUCCAACCCACCGAAGUAGCCUCCACCCACUGGGUCUCCCUCCGCGCCCUGCAAUCUCCCUCCCUACGCACCUACGAAUACGCAUAUGUCUCCGCACGACUAGCAAAGUCUGAGCUCGGUAUAAAACGCUGGUUUCUGCAGUCCAUGCUAUCCAGUAUGAUGUUCGCAGCCAUACAUCUCGUGCCUUCCAAUUCCACCUACUGCGCGACAAUCCCAGACUUCAUCCCCGCGGGCGGACCGCCUGAUGCGGGAACGCUGGGCAAAGUCAAAGAGGUCCUGCGAGGACCCGAAGGGAGAGACUUGGGAAAGCCCCCGUUACUGCUAUGGGGGCUAACACUAGGCGUAGUCAGUGACUUGCUGGAACAUCUACCACCACACAACGCGCUGGAACUGUGGACAUACCCGACCUUCACCAACUGGGACGUUCGCUUUGUCAUGUGGGCUAUGUCGUACCGGUUUAGAAAACAAAAGUCGGCGGAGAUGAGCACGCAGACGAUAGGGCUUGAGACGGCGUCUGUUCCUAUUAUCGACGCCGAAGUCGAGGAGAAGCCGGGGGAGGUGGGUAUUGCGGGAUUGGGCGUGGGACGCAACUGGGGGAGGACGGGCAGGGCGAAGAUGGUGGCUAGGAAUGCGGCGGUAAAUUCUAUGCUUGAGGGGUAUUAUCCUAUUGUUAGGAAGGCGGUGGCUACGGCAUUGGUGGCGAGGAUUGGGCUUUUUGUGGGGUUGGCGGUGGUAUUGGGAAGGAGAUAUCGGGUGAAAGAGUGGGCUGAAGCGCUGUGGAAGUCGUGGUAA